AUGGCGUCAAACCCCGCAACGGCGCCGCCAUCGGCGCGCGAGGGCGCGCACCUCGAGGAGGAGGAGGUGCUGGGCUUCUCGCUGUGGGUCGCCGAGCUCGAGGUGCUCACGGGCGGCGGGAAGCGAGAUGGCCAGACGGACCAGAUCGCCCUCCUCGAUCUCCUCUCGAAGAUGCUCCUGUCCCUCCGGCGCGCGAGCCCGGCGGAGGUCAAGGCGCACCAGGCCCCCGCGCUGGCCCGCCUCGCCGCCAUCGCCUCCCGCGGACCGUCACCGCCCAUCCGCCGGCUGGUCGCCGGCGUGUACUCGGCGAUCUUUCGCGUCGGCGACGUGGCCAAGCUCCACGCGGUCGUCGGCGACGCGCUCGACGACCUCGCCCCGAAGCGCCUGCGCGGCCUCUCCCCCGCGCGCGCCGCGAUGGCCUUUGAGCUCCUGGCGCGCAUGGUGCGCGACCACGGCCACGCCGUCACGGGGUCCCUCACCGAGGCAGCCACGCUGUGCGCGAAGGCGGCCCAGGCCUGCCAGGACGACUCCGCGCGCGAGGGCGCCCUGCGGUGUCUGUCCGCCGUGAUGCUGGCGCUGGCGCCGCUGCCCGACUCGACGUACCAGGGCGUCCCGGGCACUGCGCUGCGGGCCGCGGAGCGAGCGUGGACCGCGUCGAGGAGCGACGGGACGAGCCUCGCGGCGCUGGCCGUCAUCGUCGCGACGUCGCGCGUGGCCGGGGAGGCGCUGUGGCAGCCGCUCGGCACGUUCCGCGGGGCCUGGAUCGACGAGGUGCACCGCAUCCUGGUCGCCGGGGCGUGCGGCGCGUCGCUCACGAACGCGACGCAGCAGGCGCUGCGGCCGGCGGGGCCCCUGCAGCGCACAGGGCCGCAGGUGGCCGGGGCGGGGAGCCUGUGGGCGGCGGUGGCGACGGCGUGGACGUCGCACCUGCGCACGCUCCGGUCGUGGUGCAGCGCGAACGACGGCCUGCUGGUCGCGGCGGUCACGGGGCUCCUCGAAGCCGUGGACGCCGCAGUGGAGCCGCCCUCGAGCCGGCGGGCGGGCGCGGCGGCCGUCGAGGUGCCCGGCGCGCAGGCGGCCGCCGCGCUCGCGGUCCACGGCGCGCUGCUGCCGGCGCUGUCGCAGCCGGGGCGGCACGCGUUCAUCGCGGAGCUGUGCCGCUUCCUGGAGGCUCCUGCCGAGGGCGACACACGGCCGGUGAACGGCGCGGCCGCGGCGAUGCAGUGCCUGCGCAUGGCGCUCGAGCUCCUCGGCGAGAUCGGCGUGGAGGAGCGCCAGGCGGUCACGCGCGCGCUGCGGCCCUGGCUCAGCUGCGGGGUGCCGGCCGUCCAGGGGCAGGCCGCGCUGGUCGUGCAGACGCUGCUCGUGUGCGAGUCCUCGCACGCCCUGCAGCUCGUCUCGGAGGCGCUCCAGGACGUCCAGGCCGCCGCGUCGGAGCUCAUCGCCAAGAGCGUGUCGGGGCAGCGCCGCGCGGGCGGGGGGCUCUUCCGCCCGCGGUCCGCGCAGCUCCUGGCCGAGGAGCAGCACGCGGCCGCCGGGCAGCUCCUGGGCCGCGCCCUCGCCACGGCGUCGAUGCUGUGCUCCGCGCGGCAACUCCCCCUGGGGGCCCCCGCGGACCUCCCCACGCGCGCCUACUCGAUCGCGCGGACGCUGGUCGGACAGGGCGUGCCGGCGCAGGGGUCGCAGGCGGACAUCGUGUCGCAGGCCGUGUCGCUCGCGCGCGGGGCGGGGUACCACCUCAUCGCCGGCGCAGCGGCCCUGGCGCCCCCGGUGGAGUUGAGUCAGGAGGGGGGGGUGGACGUGUGGGAGAUCGCGUUCGGGGGCAGCAGCGUGCCGACGAUCAAGGACCUGCUCGUGCGCGGGAGGUCGGCGGACCUGACGCUCGUCGCGGAGCUGGAGUGGCGCUCGGCGGCCAUGGACGCCCUGGCGUCGUGGCUGGUGGCCAGCAAGGAGCGCGACGCCGCGGAACGGAGCAGGGCGUUCGGCGUGCUGCAGAAGCACCUGCUUCCGCUGGUCAAGUUCGCGGGGUCCACGCAGCUCCUGUGGGACAUUCUCACGGGCGGCCCGCGCCCCAAGCUCCGCGAGGCCACGCUGCUGUUUUUGGUGCGCGCGGUGUCGUGCCUGGAGGCCCUCACGCCCGGCGAGAUGCGCUCGCUCGGGCUGAAGCCCCUCCUCGCCGUCUGCCUCCCCGCGGUCCAGGUCGUGCCCGCCGCCGCGCAGGGCUCCGCGCCGCUGCAGGUGUGCCCGUCCGCGCUGCUGGCCGCCCUGGCGCGCGCCGACGACAUCCUGUCGCCCGCCGUGCCGGCGAUGCUGUGGGAGGAGGCGACGCUCGAAGCCGCCGACAACCUCAGCGGACCGUGCGACGUGCCGCGGCCGUGGCAGCCGCGGAUCGGGGCGCUGGGCGCUGCCCGCACGACACUGCCCCACCAGCUGGCGCGCGCCCAGUGCGCCCUGCUCGCACGGGCGCUGCUGGCCGCGCCGGAGAGCGCCGCGACGCAGGUGCUCGACGUUCUGGUCGCGAACGCGCGGGCUGCGCACGACGCCCGCGUGCCCCCGUGGCGGCACGCGGGGCUGAUGCGGACCACGGCAUACGCCUCGCUGGCGCUGGUGCGCGGGGUGGCGGGGGCGCGCGGACAGGCGCCCGGGCGCGUCACGCGGGUCGACUUCGCGGCGAAGGUCAUCGAGCUCGCCCGCAACCUGCGCGCGUCGUGUCCGCACGACACCGCGGUGCUGCGGGCCACCGCGGAGAUUGUGGCCCUCGCCGCGAAGCUGCUCGAGCCGCAGCAGGCCGCGGGGCUUGUGCAGAGCACCCUCCAAGAUAUACAGGCGGCGGUCGACUCCCUGGCGCGCCCAGGCCCCGGCAUCGGGGUCACGGUGGCGAGCCUGCGCAUCAGCUGGACGGCACUGUGCCUCGGGAUGACGUCGCGCGCCCUGGGCCUCGCCAUCCAGGGCGAUGUGCGGCAGAUCACGAAAACCCUCGUGGCGGCGCUCUGCAACCCGAGGCUCCCUCGCGGGGCACAGUGCCGCGUCUGGCUGGGCCACGCCCUCACUCUGCUCUGCGAGGGACUCGGGCCGCGCCUCCUGCCCGACGUGGCGUCCGUCCUGCACGCGGCACACUUCGCAGCGAUGGCCGAGGGGCAGGACGCCCCGGGGCUGCACGUCGCGGUCUGCCGCCUCGUGAACGCCCUCAUCGGCGCCGUGGGGCCCGAGCUGACGCCCGGGAGCGCGCGGUACGCGCAGCUCCGCGCGUUGCUCCGCGAGCCCGGGGUGUCGGCCGAGUCCGGCGGCGACGACCCGGGCGCGUCGGCGCAGCUCGCGGCGCGCAGCACGACCAUCAUCGACCCGUUCUCCGGCUGCGUGACCGCCCUCGACGGCGGCCUCGAGCCCCUCCACAACCUCCUGUCGCGCGAGCGCGUGCUGUGUCUGCAGCAGUUCGUGCUGUACGCGCCGCAGCUCAUCAAUCUGCCCGCGAUGCUCCCACCGCUGUGCGUGGCCGUGCGCUACACGCAGCCGCCCGUCCAGCGCGCCGCCGCGGCCACCGUGCGCCACCUCGUCGAGUGCGACCCGCGCGGCGCCGUCGACCUGCACGUCGAGCAUCUCCUGCUGCGCGCACUGGGCGCGGGCAUCGACGCCGUCGCCGCGGAGAGCCUGCGGGCGGCGCUGCGGACCCUCCUGGCCCACGGGGCGCGCGACUGCUUCGACCGGUGGGUGGCUAUCUGCAAGGAGGUCAUCCUGGAGGCGGCUCCGGGGGCGGAGACGCAGGGGAGGGGCGGGGACGGCGGGGCGCCGCAGGCGGAGGAUGGGGGCGGCGGGGAGGACGACAGUGGAUCGGAGGGCGACGAGGGCGAGGCGCGGGCGGUGGAGGCGGAGGAGAGGCAGGCGGGCAGGGGUGGUGCGGAGGGGGGGCCGCAGGGGGGCGCGGUCGAGAUCGGGGCGUACCUGCUCGACAGCCGCGUGCUUGCGGCGGAGUGCCUGAUCACGGCGCUCGAGGGCGGGCUGGUGGGCGUCGGGGACGCGCAGCCUGCUGCAGUGCCGCCCACACAGCCUGCCUCGCGGACAGAGGACGCAGGUGACGGAGGGGGCUGGGCCGCCUUUGGAGGUGGUGGCGACGGGGCAGGAGCGGGCGCCGAUGAUGGCUGGAACGCCUUCGCGGACACCGGUGCGCGAACGAACGCGCAGGAGCAGACGAACGGCAGCCCGCCCGCUGCUUUGGCGCAGCUCGGGCCGCUCGUGCAGCUCGGGUACGCGCUCGUCGCGGGCGAGCUGGAGACGCUGCGGCAGUACGGCGCGCGGCUGCUGCUGGCGGCGGUGCGCGCGUUCCGCGCCGUGGAGGACCCCGCGCUGCCGGGGGUGUUGGCGCUCGAGCAGCACGUGGCCGUCCUGGUGUCCGCGACCAGGUCGGGCCUCUCGCGCAUCGCGCAGGGGCCCGUCGCGGGGCUGUGCGCGUCCCUCGCCGUCGCCAUCCUGGAGAGUGGCGUGUGUUGCGGCGACGACGAGACGGCAGAGCGGCUCCUUGCGGCCCUGUGCGCGCCGCUGAGCGCCUGGGAGGAGUCCACGCGGCUCGACCACUGCAACAGCUGGGUGGCGUCGCACGUGCGUCUCGCGCUGCUCUCCGCACACGCCGCGGUGCGGCGCCUGCAGCACACGCCCGUCGCCUGCCUGGGAGUGCCGCCCCUCGCCUCGAAGGACGGCUGUGCGGUCUCCGACUCGAUCGUCGACGCGAUCCAGGGGCCGCACGUCCCUGAGCUGGCGCGUCUUUGGGCGGGAGCGUCGCGGGACGCCCUCGUGUGCCUGCAUCAGCUGGGGGCGGGGCGCGCGGGGCGCGAACGCCUCGCCGGGUACCGCCCGCAGGUCCUGCCGCUUGCGCCCACUGUCUGGACGCCGGCCCUGCGGCGGUUCUUCGAGUCGGCGCUGACGGACGUCCUCCCCGCAGCCCUGUGCGAGGGCGAGGACGGCGACGGCGACGCCCUGCUGUCUCUCACCUUUGUCGCGCUCUCGGCGCGGGUUCUGGAGGCCGGGGAGGAGCGUCCCGGGCGCGAGCGUGCGUCCGCGUCGGAGGCGGCCGGCGUCGACGGUCUGUCGCCGCACCUGCGCCCCUACGGGUGGAUGGAGCGCCACAUGGCCAACGCCGCCGUGGACCUUUCGCCGGGGACCCCCGUCGGAGUGCCGCUGAUCGUCGGAGUUCUCGGCGGGCUCGCGCAGUGCGACAUGCAGUCCGGUGCCGCGUCGGUGCGGCUGGCCGUCGAGCUGGUCAGCAGGGUCGGGGGUCUGGCACCUGGCGCGACACUGCGCUGCGAAUCCCGGGAGACGGAGGCCGCGUCGCUCGCGCUCGCCGGCCUCCUGCGUCUCAUACCCGCAUCCUUCUGGGCGGCGGACGACGACACCGAGGCCGCGCAGGCCGUGGCGGCGAUCGGCGCCGCCGCCGCGUCGGCCUGCCAAGCAGCCUCCGGGAACGCCCCGCUCGCGGCCGCAGCGCUCGGUCACGCCGCGGGGGCUGCGGGGAUGAGCCGGCCGUGGGCCGUCGAGGGGUUGUCCUCGUGCGUCGACAGGCUGUCGGAAGGCGACGAGUCGUUCGUGGCGGUGCUGAUGGCCGUUGCGCGCGGGCUGGUGCAGCACGCCGCGUCCGCGCCCGCUGCACGCCUGGGCAUGGGAGACCUCGAGGCGCUGUCCGGUGUCCUGCGGGACGUGCUGGAGCUCUCGACCCGUGCGGAGAGCGGGCGGUUGAUGCAGGCGCUGUUCGACUCCUGCGCCCUCGUCCUCGGCAGCCUGCCGCAGCUGACGAUGGCCAUGGCGCCCGGUGUCGAGGAGAUCAGGAGCGCGGUGUCGGCCGUUUUGACGGGGCUCGGGGACGCGCUCGGCGGGGCCCCCGAGCACGUCUGUGUGUCCUUCCUGGAGCACGUCGGAAGGUCGACCGAGCAGACGCGCGACGUGGCUCAGUCGCCGGACUCCAUCGACUCUGUGGUUCGUUCUGCAUGGCGCGGUCUUUGUCGGGCGAGCGGGGGCCACAUGGAGGACACACUGGUGCGAGAGGCCGUUGACGUUGGCCACCUGCCGCGGGGCUACCUGCUCGCUUCCGUCGCGCUCCUCCCAAGCGUCGUCGCCGUGAUCGACGGCUACAAGGGUCCGAGCGGUCACGUCGUCAGCUGCGCAGCGCUGGACGCUGCCACGGCGACCUUGAAAGGCAUGUCCACAGCGAGCGACAUGGCGCAGCCGCUGGCAGCUGUUCUCGAACCCGUCCUCGUCGCGGUGGCCAGGGAGGCGGACCGAACAUCCGCGAACCAGGGCGGCUUGGCAAAGAAGGUCGUCGGCGCGGCCACCGCCCUGGCGUCGGCUUCCCCCGCGGCGUUCAAGUCGGCGGUGAACCUCAUGCCCGAGGACAGCAAGGAGAAGCUGCAGGCGAUCCUCCGAAGCGGCGUGUCGGGGGCCACUCGCGGGGGCGGGGCAGGCCUUGCCGCACCUCCGAAGAUCCAGCUGGCCGCGUUCAGCAAGCUGAAAGGCAAAUGA